AGGAACGACCGUUGCCGUUGUCGCCGCGUAACGAGACCUUGUUCCGUACUCCGGGUGCGAUUGAAGGGUCGGUCGCUCGCGCGUGGCAGGACUCCCCGCGGUGGCCCUUUCUUCCUUCGCCUUUCGUCCCUGCGCGCCGCAGCCGCCGCCGUCGUCACCGCUGUCGCCACCGCCGCCGCCGUCACCGCCGCCGCCGCCGCCGCCGCCGCGCCGCUGCUGUUACCCGUCUAACCUUUUUCGUGGAAUUCACGCGGCUACGCCGAUGCCGACGUUUGUUCACGUAUCUGUCUCGCGGGGAGGGGGUGGGCAGGGGGAAGUACGCAGGAUCCGACAGCGACUGUCUCUUAAUCGUCCCGAGUGACCCGAUGUGUGACGCUCGGUUCGAGAUCUCCACUGGCAUGGAGCUAGGAGCGCACUGAUAGCGUUAGUUUACGAGAUCUUGGUUUCUAUGCAUUGCCUGCCAAAGAAGAACUGAGCCCAAUGUUUCCACACAAUUCUAGUUCACAUGAGAUUUCUACAGAAACAAAUGCCUUCGUACAAAAUUCCAUUGAAGAUGUAGUAGUAUUAGAGGAGAAUUUGGAGAGCAAUUUGGAUGGGGUGGGGGAAGGGGAAGGAUCAGAGCACAUUAGGUACUGUGAUAUCGAAUCGAUAGCAAACAGCAGCAUGAUGGCAGCACCUAUUAGCCAUCCCGAAGCUACCGCCGCCAAUGACUUUUCAACCGUCCUGCUGAACCAAUCCGGUGAGUUCAACUCAACCGGUAUAGGUAAGGCCUGCCAGUCAGUGGCGCCAGCAACCACAAAAUACCCAACAAAUCACCCUCAAAUCUGCGAUAAUAAUAAUAAAAUAAAUAAUCACAACAAUGCAGAACAUAAUCAUCACAAGUACAGAAAGCAAAACACACCGGGCUUGCUUGGUCUGCAGCUGGGCAGCUCCGCCAAUAACUCUAAGUCUACUUGUAAGACAUUAAGUGAUAAUAAGACUAGCUUUAGUACUGUAUGCAUAAGGCUAAGUGUACAGGGCAUGGUGUGUCUCGCCGUUGAGGUAACUAGCCUAGUUAGGAUACUCAAGUCUGAUAGUCCCCAACGGUCGUUACGCCUCCCUAACUCUGAUGACAAUUACUCCUUACUAGGGUCCUGCCUUGACUUAGGCGACAACAAUAAAUUUAAGGCUAAUUUUAGUUAUGUAUGUAAUAACAACUCCAAGUCUGUGAUAUUGCUCAGCUCAACCAGUUACAGUAACCAUUACCUCCUCUUUAGUGGUGGCUUUGACAAGAUAGCUGCUGUUAUCCCGGUACUUUGUAUUAAAAGGGACGAUUCUACCACCACAUCGAAUAGAAUGAAACUACUAGGUGAUAAGUACGCCCUAGUUACCAGUUUUGCUCAGAUCUCUAGACUGCUUGCAAACGAUAGAAUUCUGGAUGAUUCUAAUUCUGACAUCCGAGUUUUGUUGAGCCGCCGAAUAGUACGACACCUAUUUGAGGAAAAUGAAUGUCAACACUCGCAUUUGAAUGUCAACUCUCUAGUACUGGUGUUCGUUUACGCUCAGAAUUUCGCGAUGCAGAAUUACGCCGCAAGUUCUUCCAUUACGCUUAUCGUUUCCAGAAACGAAGUAAUUGACCACACUUUGCGAUCUUUCCUGAAAAAUCUCACACAACUAUAUGUACAAUCUUCUAUUUCUCCAUUAUGUAAUGUCACUGUGACCGAGCUGAUGCAACACAUAUGUGUUCCACUAUUAAUAAUAUGUAAAAGUAAUGAUUACAACGUUGGUAAUAAUUAUAAUGAAUAUUAUAAUAACGAGUACAGUAACGUUGGUAGUAUUGAAGAAGAAAUUAAUAUUAGUAAUAAUAAUCCAGAUGUUAUCGGAGACAUUGUUGACAUCGCUGUGUGCUACAAGACUAGUGUAAUGACUACUAAUGUUAGGAUCUUAGGGUCUCAAAAUGAUGGUAUUAGUUGUACCGAAGCAACAAUAUAUACUGUUGGUGCUCUUUUAUUUCAGGAUAACAAUAAGCCUCUAAACACUUGUUUUAAGAUUAAUAGACAUAGAAGAUUGGUCAUUACCGAUCGCGAAUCUAACUCUACCAUUAAGUCUGUAUUUAGGUCUAAGUUAAACGAUAAGUGUAGUAAUGUUAAGUUUGAAACAUCUCAUGCCGCUCGACUUGACGAAUCUGACAACAGUAAGCAAGUUAAGUUGACUGUCAACAUUCCUAUAAUGACUACCUGCAAGCCUACGAUGACGCUUACAUGCCAAUCAGCCACCGUCGCAUCCCAAACAAUUGUUGUACCUGUAUCUCGGGCGGAGAAUCGCACGAACGACAAUGAAAUGCGAUUGGAAUAUUUCAAUAUACUCCGAAAUGACCAAAUAUGUAUCCAAUAUAUGCUGCUAAGUCAUACAGAUGAUCUUAAUAAGAAUGAUUUGUGUUGUUAUGACACAACUAAAUUUAAAGACGCGCAAAUUUAUGCUAUUGACAAGCUCAAGGCUACUACAACAUCGAAAGAUGACGCUCAGUUGAUUUGCAAAUAUCACCGAGAUACUCUUAAAUACGACCAAAGUCGUAACAAUUAUAAUGACGAUGAUGCCAUCAUAUGCAACGGCAACGAAGAUUUCUCUCUAUCGACUACGGCAUGGCACCUCCUAAAAUAUUAUGUGGGUGCGUUAAUUUCUGCUUGUCGAGGAACGUACAAGACCAACAAGAACGAAUACGAAGUUAAUCAGCGUCUACUACGAUCUAUCUUGAACGUCCUAAGUCACAAAUAUGUCACAGAGUUGUGUGUAAGCUACAACGAGCCUAUUGCAAGUUACAAGCAACAUUGGGGCAUACCAAUGGGAUUGCGGUUAGUAGGAGGUGGAGAGAGUUCCUUGAACAGUGGAGGAGCUGCCAAUUGGGGAACAACGCAAGCCACUACACCGAAUAAUAAUAAUACGAAUCAGAGUGGAUGGGGUGGUACACCCGGAAACCCGCCCGGUAGUGCUAAUGCGCCAAAUAAUUGGGGCGGAAACACUGUCAAUCGAUCUGUCACUGGUAAUCCAAAUCAAAAUCAAAAUCAAGGACCACCUGGAAACCAAAAUAAUCCGGGUAAUGUGAGUAAAGUUAAUAAUCCCAAUCAACAAUCGAAUCAACAAUCUGGUCCGCCAACAUCUCAAUCAAAUAACCCUACCCAAGGGAAUCAGAAUAAUAACCAAUGGUCUCAGGGAAAGUCUAAUAACCCAAGUGGUCUUGGGCAAAAUCCAUCAGUGCAAAAUAACAACAGUAGUGGCGUUCAACAGCAGCAAUCUUCAGGUUCAAGCGCGAACAAUAAUCAGUCCAAUAAUCCUACUCAAGGAGCUGUAAGCAUUGGCAACACAUCAACGACUAAUAAUCCGUCUACGAAACAGCAACUCGAACAACUCAAUACAAUGAGAGAAGCACUUUUUAGUCACGAUGGUUGGGGCUGUCAAAAUGUGAAUCAAGAUACAAAUUGGGACGUUCCAACAUCUCCCGAGCCAAGCAUAACUAAAGAUGGUGUACCGAUUUGGAAACCACCGGUGAACAACGGCACUGAUUUGUGGGAGGCGAAUCUGCGCAAUGGUGGACAGCCGCCACCUCAGCAGCAAACGAAAGCACCGUGGGGCCAUACUCCUGCGACGAAUAUUGGUGGCACCUGGGGCGAAGACGACGAAACAGCAGAUUCGUCCAACAUGUGGACCGGUGCACCAACCCAAUCCCAACCGAGCGCAGCUCAAUGGACUGGUGCCGCCGGUAACCAAGCCGGUAUGUGGGGAGGAUCCAAUUGGGGCGAUCCCAGAAUUGAUCAUAGGGAUCCAAGGGACUUACGAUCUGUAGAUCCACGAGAGAUGCGUGAUCCUCGAGAUCAUCGUAUGUCCUUGGAUCCCCGAGAUCAUAUGCGUGUGAUGGAUCCUAUGGCGCGCGAUCCGCGAAUGGCCGACAUGCGUGGCGAUCCGCGUGGAAUAUCUGGGCGAUUACAUGGUGCAAACGCAGACGCCAUGUGGAGUCAACCACCCGGACCGCCACAUCAUCAAAUGGGUCACCAACAUCCAUCCGGGCCACCAGCAAAGAUGCUUAAUCCAUCAAACAUGAAUCAAUGGGCUGGACAACCGCCGAAGGACAUUAUACCCGGCAAACCGUCCGGUUGGGAAGAACCUUCACCGCCGACGCAACGUCGUAACGUGCCCAAUUACGACGACGGGACAAGCCUCUGGGGAAAUCCGGCUGCUAAUCAGCGUGCUAUGCCAGGUAGCAAGGUUUCACAUUGGAAGGAUAUUCCUGCACCGAACUUGGCUCGUGGAGGCAUGCAAUGCCCACCAGGCAUGCCUCAAAACAGAAUGCCAGGUCAACCUGGAAUGAAGCCAGAUGUAAGUAAUCCCAUGUGGGGUCAUCCAGGGGCUCCAGGUGGGCGUAACGGUACAUGGACAGACGGGCCACACGAUACUGCAACUUGGGAUGAUCCAAAAACACCCGCUGCGUGGAACGAACCUCCACUAAAUCCAGGUUGGGGUGGUCCAACGGCGCACAAACCGAAACCUAUGGGACCUGCCGGUAGUUGGACUGAUUCCGAUAUGGAUCCGACUCCUAGUUGGGCACAUCCGGCAAAACCUACCUUAACAAAAGAAGUUAUUUGGAACAGUCGCGAGUUCCGAUAUCUUUGCGAUUUAGGAUUUAAGAAAGAAGAUGUCGAGGUAGCAUUAAGGAAUCGAGAGAUGAAUCGAGAAGAGGCAUUAGAACUUCUUAAUCAAGUACGUCCUGUCGAUCAGUGGAGACGUCACGAGACACACUCAGGCUAUGAUCCAGCACAUCAAGCAACUACUACGCCAACCUAUCCUCGAUUUAAUCACGUCGGACAGCAGAUGUCAUUUCCUCCGGGUGGCGGAGUGCCCAGUGGGGCAACCAGUGGGGGCGUAGGUGGUUCAGUUACCAGUGCAAGCCUUCUCAAGCUUCAACAGCAGCAACAACAGCAGACAGCUGUUCCUUUACAGCAACAACAACCAAGUACUAAUACGCCACAACCCCCUUUCAACCAGGCAUCUCGCGCAUCUCAAAAUCAACCGAGUACACAGCAAUUGCGUAUGCUCGUACAACAAAUUCAACUAGCUGUGCACGAGGGAUAUUUAAAUCACCAGAUCUUAAAUCAGCCGUUGGCACCUCAAACUCUGAUGUUACUGAAUCAGUUGCUACAGCAAAUCAAAGUCUUGCAGCAGUUACAUCAACAACAUGCUGUCCAAAAUACAAUGAAAGGAAGCAAUCAGUCGGCACUACAGAUCAGUGUUCAGAUUACGAAAACCAAGCAGCAGAUCACGAAUUUGCAGAACCAAAUUGCGGUACAGCAAGCAACAUACAUGAAACAACAACAGCAACAUCCGACUCCUCCAUCGCAGGCGUCGGAAUAUUACAAAUCUUCCGUGCAUGAUCCUAUGUCAGCUCUGCAAAAUAGUUUCAGCGAUAUAACGAUGAACAAAGAGCCUCCAGUGAGUCAGCAGCAAUCAAGAUUAAAUCAAUGGAAGCUGCCUUCACUUGAUAAAGACGGCGAUUUGGUGUCGAACGAAUUUUCCCGUGCUCCCGGAACUACGAGCAAACCGCCCGCAACACCUGGUGGACUGACUCAAUCACACAGCAGUCCGAACAUCAAUCCCUUGCUAAGUCAAGGAGAUGGCACAUGGUCUUCUCGACUGGGCGAUAGUGGAUGGCCUGAUCCGAGUAACAGCGAUUCAACCGACGGAAAGGACUGGCAACCAGGUGGUGCCGCGUAUACUGAUCUCGUACCAGAAUUUGAACCAGGGAAGCCAUGGAAGGGUACCCAGAUAAAAAGCAUCGAGGAUGAUCCUAGCAUCACUCCCGGCUCUGUUGUACGUUCCCCGUUGUCUUUGGCUACCAUCAAAGAUACCGAUACGAUCUUUUCAUCGAGCAGCAAGACGUCACCGCCACCGCAAGCAACUAAUCCCGAUACGUCGAUCCCAAGUCUAAGCAAUUCUACGUGGACAUUUAAUCCACCAGCUACCACACCUAGUGCAUUUACUAGCACUUCCAAAAAUACAUGGGGAGAAUCCGCUCCUCCGCCUACUGCUGUGACUUCGGAAUUGUGGGGUGCACCGAUGGGUAAAGCGCGCGGUCCACCUCCUGGCUUAAGUACCAAAGGAGCUACGAACGCAAGCAAUGGCUGGGGCGCUGGCUUAGGAAGUGUUAGUAGAUCGUCUAGCUCGUGGGGCCUCCAAUCAUCCACCGUCAGUAAUUCGGGUUGGAUGUCUACCUGGCUUCUCUUGAAGAAUCUUACUCCACAAAUUGACGGCUCUACUUUGAAAACAUUGUGUAUGCAACAUGGACCGGUUCAAGACUUCCGUCUGUACCAGAAUCAUGGAAUCGCUUUGACAAAAUAUUCCUCUCGCGACGAAGCAAUCAAGGCUCAAGGAGCCCUAAACAAUUGCGUCCUGGGUAACACAACGAUAUUUGCCGAGUCGCCCGCAGAAAGCGAGGUCGCUGCGAUUCUGCAGCAACUCGGUCAUGGCGGACAGCAACAGGCCGGCGGUUCUGGAGGAGCCGGUUGGGGCCUUAGACCAACUAACAAAGCUGGGCCGCCACCCGACACAUGGGGAGGCAGCUCUAGUCAACUCUGGGGCGCUCCGCCCACCAGCAAUUCCCUAUGGAGUAAUGCGGGAAUUGACAACAGCGAUCAGCAACGAGCAACUCCCAGUUCUCUCAACUCGUACUUACCGGGAGAUCUCUUGGGAGGUGAGUCGAUGUAGAGAACGAGAGGCCAUCCGCCCGAAAUCUCAUCAGAUAAGUGAAAAAAUUCACUUGCUUAUUACGCAAGUCCUGAUAUGCAGCUCGGAUGACGGAAAACUUCGUGAUCGAAUGCGUAUUACUUCCCUUCUGAUCCCCGCCUCUCAUUCCUUUAAGAUUAUACGAUUACAUUUUGUAUAUCUUAGUAUUAUCAUGUAUUGAUCAGUGUCUUUGACUAAAGCGGAUACGAGAUGUGUCUGCUUGUGUAGUCGUUGAUGAUGAGAGAAGAUGAGUAUGUGAGAGGAUGAGGGAAUGGAAGGAGAAGUUGAGAGAGUGAUAGAGAGGGUGUGAAAGAGAAGAGAGAAUGAGACGGACGAGGUCUUCACGAUACGUCAAUUAUAUUGCUAAGAAACGCAAUUACUAUAACGAGUUACUUAACAAACAAACAAAAAAUUAUUACCCUCGUAUCCGCCUUGAGUAGAACACGUAUAAACAACAAAUCGCAGUGGCGUACUGCCAAAUCGUGCGAUAAAUAUCUAAUUUUACAUGACAAACUACACUUUACACUCAUAACACAUUCAUAUAAAACACUCGACAAGAAAGGUACUUGCAAAUACGAAAUUUGCGGUCGCGUCAUUACUCCGAGGAGAUUUACGGAUUGCGGAAAAUCAAGUUGGACCAAUUGCAACGGUCUCUUCAUUAACAUAUUGGUGUGUAUAAUUAACAUUGCGUGCGAUUUGCCACGCUGUAUACGACGAGGUGGCGUUCUCGUCGUUCUAAGCCAAUCUAGUAAGCAUUUCUAAUCUGAAGAUAACGCGUAGAAGGAAGAGGAUGAAGAAAAACUAUCCGCGCUUUCUGUCAUUUUAUGAAUGACGAGCGCUUUUCAAUGAAGAUUUAUCGGCCGAGGGUCUCUGAUCAGGUCAAAGAGUGUUCCAUUUUUUGCUGGACAGUUCUGAAGACUGCAGCGAGUAUCAAACGUAGACUGUAUCAAUCUAAUCAAAAGAAAGAAACCUUAAAAAGAAACAAGCAUUGACGUCGCUGCCUGGUGUUCUGCCCCGAUCCCCAACCCCCCACCGCACUCUCCGGACUCCCCACGAAUGUGGAAGAAACGAGGAAUGCAGGGACAUCAGAUCAACUGGGCAACGACGCAACGAUACCAAAUGUUAUCGCAAUAACGUAAAUUUUAUUCUAUAUUAAAUCUAGAUGCCACCUGUCGUGCCAAUGUCCAGUGUGUCUCUUUACCAUUUAUUAACGUAGAGUUUAAAUGAAGAAAAAAAAGGAAGAAAUACCUGCGAAAGAAGGAACAGGGGAAAACAGUGAGAUGAAGAUUAGAGGACGUGAAAAGACCGAGAAAAGUGCUGAUGAAACAGCUAAUAAAACGGUUGAAAGUCAGGUUUACAUUAAAGUAAACAUGAAGACGAGUAAUGAACACUAUGUACUGAUUAUCAGUACAUAGCAUAUUACGCUUCUCAUUGGUGAUGCGUCGUACUCGAGGAAUCACAAUGAUCCGCGUAAGAUCGUAACGCGAGAAAUGACGAUGUUACGAAUGUAAUGGCAUUUAUUACGGGCGCAUUGCGGAGCUCGGUCUAGGAUGAAUUAAAUUAGUUUUUCUCUUCAACGUCAACGUACCUGAACGGACUGAUAACCAAACGACGAACAAGCGAACCGUUAUUUACUCAUGCACAAGUUUCCUUUUUUACUUUCCGCUUCUCCGUGUCGGUAGAGUGUUUUGGGAACGUUUCGCGAUCAAUCAUUGGCGCAACCGCGAACGAUGUGAAAGAGACGACUUUUUUUCCUUCGUGAACUGAAAGAAGUAGAAAAAAAAAAGAAUAAAAAUAUAUAUAUAUAUAUAUAUAACAUAUAUAAGUAUAUAUAAAAUUAGAAGGAAAAAAAGAAACAAUCACAAGACGCUGUUCAGCGAGACGCGCGCAAUAAAAGUGAACAACUACAUAUACACACACGCUAAUCAUACACAUUUGCCACGCAUGACUGAAGCUGCAUGCUUGAAAAAUGUCAAACAAGCCAAGCUAAAGAAACGUACAUAGUAGCAUUGGUCGACAAUGAUUCCGCUUCCAUGCGAUCGGUCGAUCCUCGCGGAUAAUCGGACCACUAUAUCCUUUGGCGUAUCAGUAAAUCAAAAAACAUUGGGAAUUUUUAUAUUUGUUGCCUUCCAAGGGGAAAGAAAGAAAGAGGGGACGGAAGGAGAGAGAGAUCGUUUCUCGUAGGAGACAUCAUCAAAAAUCACAUAUUUCGCGCAUUAUGUAAUGAGGCGCAUCGGUCCACGAUGUGGACGCGCGAUGAGAAAUCCGCGUGGUUCUGCCGGUCACGUCGUUUCAACUCUGUCGGCCAGUGUUGUCAUGCGUAAUCUUUAAUUUUAAUAUUUUCGUAAGGAUGCAUAUAAUCUAAGAUAUUCAUAAUUAUUGUGUAGCGUAAAUAGAAUUCAAACGGAAGAGUGGUACAUACGACGAUGACGACGUGAGCUGCUCUUGCAAAUCAAUACAAGAAAAAAAAGAAAAAAAACAUAAAGUAGUGAAAGCGCUGCUUAUGAGAAUCGUUCUGUACAUAAUUGUAUCAUAUUCCUGAGAAUAGACUAUUAUGCAAGUAGAGAGGAUGAAUUUUUAAGCGAUAACACAGGGCUUGUAAAUAAAAAUUGAAAAAUAAGUAAGUUAAAUACGAUAUGCGCGAUACGAUAUCUUGUCUUGAUUCUUAUUGGCAAUUUAAUUCACUGAAGUAAGUUAGAUAUUAAGACGGUAGUAUUUAAGCUGAUGAAAGUAAGGCAGUGUAAUCGCUUAAAUUUUCUAAUCGAUUCCAUCUGUCAUAUCCAUGUAUAAUUUAUUCAUGGAUUUAAUUUAUAAAUUCCAUUUGUUACGCCCUUUCUUUCAAGUUGGUGCUUAUUUAAGAAAAUAAUUUUUUAAUCAAGUUGACACAUUUAAAUUGAAAAGAAAUUUUUGUCUUUAAAGGUCAUAAAAGUCUCUAGAUAGAAGACAAGUGAAAUUUAAAUGCAAAAUCGAAAUGAUCGAAUUGAUUUAUGCCUCUCGAAUGCAUGAUUGCCUAUUUCCAAGAAUACGAUAUAAAUCUCAUAAAUCUCCCAUUACUACGUUAUAACACAAACAGCAACCCCUCCCCCUGUACAUACAUAUAUGUAUGUAAUAUGUAUAUGUAUGAUAUAACACCUCCUUACAUUUUACUUAACAGUAUACAUAAAUAGAAUGCGAAAAACGUGUAUUAGAUUUAAAGAUAAUUAUUAUAUGAACUUAUCCGUGCACGCUUAUGCUACGUAAAUUUAUGAUUAUUGAACUAUUGAUACUAAUUAACAAUAACUGUAUUUGUGAAUUAUUCUGAUGGGGAUAUUGGAAGUGAAAUCUUUAAAUAAUUAUUUUAAGAAGUUGAAAAAGAUUAGAUUAAAAGUUAGGCAUUUUUAAAUGGAGCAAGAUAUACAAUGGCGUUCUAACAUUUCUAUUAGGUUUUAAGAAUAUAAACUUAAAAUAUAAGUAUGAAGUUUGAAGACUCAAAUUCAUGAAUGCAGGUAAGCAAGAAGAAAUGAGCGAUGGGUGAAUGAGACAGAAUGCAAGUGAGGAAUGAUGUCGAGAAAUAAGAAAGCUAAAGUAAAGAACGUACGAAUUGUGGGCAGAAUAGAAGGAACAUAGAACGAAAAAUAGAAGCAAAAUCCAAUUGCUUGCUUUCACAAAAUGGAGCGUGGUAUGAAAGUGGAAUAUGCGAAUCAUUCGUUUGCAUUUCUCAAUACCUGCAGACAUGCGUUUUCAUUACAAUUUCUUUACGUCAAUGAACAUUUUUUAUGUGCAAGAUAAGUUAGCGCACGCUAAUUUAUUCUAUGGAGAAGGCUAAUCGAGGGAUUGAAUAAUAUUUAAAGUGUGAAGGACCGUUAAUUUUGAGAAUCAAAGGGGAACUUUUCUCCGAGUAGCCAACAUGAAAUCGGAUGCUAAUUUGUUGUGAUAACAGUGAUUAAUAGCCGAAUAACUACAUAUUUAUAUAAUAUUUAGGUGUUUAGAGUCUCUUAAGGUGUGAGUAACGAUCAGUAAUCCAAUGGAUUUUAAUAUUAGUACCAUAAAGUUUAAUAAAUAAAUUUCAAUCGCGUACGUAAAUAACAGUAAUAAUAAUAAUAAUAAUAACAACAACAACAACAACAACAAUAUCUCUAUAAUAAUGAUUAAAUUAAUGAUAGAGGUAGUCAGGGAGUAACUGAUCAAGAGUCAGUGAAAAUGAAAAGCGGUGACUGAAAAUAAUUAUUAAAUUAAUGAUAAAGAACAACCAAUCGGAAGUAACUGAUCAAGUAACUGAUCAAGAUUCAAUGAAGAUAAAAAUCACCUAAAAUGGACACACACACACACACACACACACACACACACACACACACACACACACAUACAUAUAUAAAGUCCCAGAAAAGUGCAGAAUGCGUACUUGUAAAUGAUUACGUGCGUGCGUGAAAUUUGUGCGUAUAUAACUGAUGCUUGUGCGUACAUAAUUGACUAAAACAUAAUCGAUCGAUCGUUGCGAAGAUAGUUAUACGAAACACGCACUAGAUGCUGCGCGCGCGAAAAAAUAAUGCACAUUUACAUACGUUUAUAUUACGAUCACAAGGAUAAUAAGGGAUACAUGGAAAUUAUAAUUUUUAAACGAUAAACAUUGUAACAACGCCGGCGCGUAUAGUCUACCGCUUAAUUAUAAUCUAAUGCAUCUUCACUUUAAUCUUUCUAACUCGUUGCCUUUCCUUCUUCGAUUUACAUGAUUACUACACAGACAUCGACACGGUCAUUUACAGAUAAAUAUACAUAAUACACAAUCGCGAGAUGAUAAAUAAAUAAAUUCGAUGAAAAUGGACUGACUAGCAGAUGUAAGAUAAUAAAUUCGUUAAUUCAUACAUACACAUACGCGCACAUACCUUGCAAAUAUUUGAUGCAAAACAGUUUUUUUAUUGGUGAUUAAUAUAGCAGCUUAAAAAAGAUGGGAAAGUGACGGAAAGUAAGAGAGAAAAGUAUAUUGAUAAGGGAUAGAGAGGGAAGUAAAAAAAUUCGUAUGUUAUUUGUACAUUACUUUUAUAGUAUAAAAUUGCAAGGAAUUUUUAUUUUUCAUUUGGCUUUUAAUUUGUACAUAUGAAUAUUGUGUAUAAUGCGUACCGUUUAAUUAUUUUUUAUAACAUCAGUUUUAUAGAAAUUAAAACGGAAAAUUGAAUGAAAAAAAUUGAUUUUUAAAAACAGGUUUACGUUGUUACGCGUUACGUUAUUUUUUACGCUUUAAUUUUAUAAUGCUAUUUUGUCACAUUACUAUAAAGCAAAAUAUUUUUAUACAAACGAAAUAAGUAAAAAAAAGUGGGCCAAUCUGUAGAUCAUGUUUGUUUUGUAUCAGAAAUACUUCAAUGUAAAGAAAAUGAUCGUGGAAUGGCAGUGCUUUUUAAUAUUUGUUUUACAUUGAUAUGAAUCCCUAUGAAUAGAAAAUAAUACUAAAAAACGAGCGCGAAAAAGAGAUUAUUACUUGGUGUAUAUCGUAUGUGAUAACGCAAAUAUUUAAUAAAUUGCAUAUCCGAAAUGGCAAUUUCGCGAAAAUCUUACCAAUUCGAUAGAAAAGAAAUUCUCGAAUUUUGUUAACAGGAAGGUUCGCAUUUAUAGCGAUAAUCUCUUCGUAUCAAUAAGUAACAAUAAUGGUACAAAUAAUUGUAAAUAUUAUAACAGUAUUUUAGUCCCUCACCUCGCACACGAUAGUUGUGUAUGAUGUAACACAUGUGCAAUAGAAUGGAAUAAUAUUGUACUUCACUGUCUAGCAUGCCAAGAAUGUUAAUAUUUAUGUUAAGAAUUAUAUUAAUUAUUAAUUAGAAUAUAUCGCACUGCCGUUACACUAUUAUUCCGCUCUUUCCGCUUUCUUUUUACGCGAAUAAUAGUCUUCGCUUGUGUGUGCCUUCCCUUUUUUCUCGAGCGUUAUGUAACUAUGUGUAAGAUCGAUCAUUAUACUUGUAUUUGACGUAGAAUUUGAUUCGCGAAAGACGGACGCUCUAAUGUGAUUUUUUCAAGUAUCGCUACUACGAGCUGCUACGAUCAAUAUCGAAAUUGCGAAUUGUUGUUAGACGAGCCAGUAUUUCCUUCCACGUGACGACGCUCUGGCAAUUGUCGUUAGAGCGAUUUGUUCAUUCGAUAGAGUCGCGCGUGACAGUCGCGAUUUUCUACAGCCGUGAUCUCGUGAGCAUGCAGCCAUGGUCCAUAAGGCGGAAAGAAAGAAUAUCUGUGUCUCAUGUUCUCUAAGUCGGUAUUAUCGUGUUAUACCAUACCACUUAGUGUAUUACGGUACAAUUGGCAACUAGCUAUCGUACGGUAUUAGCUAUUGUACGGAAAUAUCGCAAUGUCGUACCGCCAGCUUACGUAACAAAGAUCUAUCGUGAACCAUAAUUGCGAUCCAGGCUGAGAGGGUGGCCGUAGUCAAUCGCGACUGAUCGUCUCCCGCGCGUCUUGAUUCUUCUUCUUCGGGCACUAUGUUGCCCGAAAUUCUCCACAUUGAAAUCCUGCAAUUAGACCACGUCUGUAGGAUGUAGAUCACGAAUAAUUUAAGAGAAAUCCGGGCCAUCUCUCUUUAUUGUUAUUUAAAAACCGGUCAUAAUCGCGCGUAAUUAAAACUUUGAGCGGACCAAAUGCCGUUUAAUUAAUUAUUUAUUGCAAUAAAAGCAAGCUUGAUUUAAUUUUUCGACAAUUUUAAAAAGGGGUAGUCACUCAUUCACAAUGACCAUAGAUAAUCGUGUUUUACUUAGGAAAGUACCUCCGAGCUUGCAAUUAGUCCCGAAAAUCGAUUCGGGUCGUAAGAAAUUGUACAUGCCAAAACUUGUCAAACUAAUUGUACGUUUCAAUUCGGGUUCGUGCUUUUAGAUAAUUGCGUAGGUCGUCGUGUGAAUGUAGUUUACACAUGAGGAUUAUAUUUACUUAGAGUAUUUUGUUAGUUAUUUUCAUUGAACUUGCUCGAUCAUCAUCAUUGUUUUGCAUUUCUGCACCACGCGUUUCCUAGUAAUUGAGUCACUAAUUUAGUACCGCCACUAAUUUAUAUGUAUAUAUAAAGCGUCGGUGCAUUUUAUUUCCUCUUGAUACCGUACACUGAAAUUUUACGUCGAAGCAUACUGUGACAAGAGAAAGCAAUUUUGCGAGGAGAGCCUGUGUGUUGAUAUCAAACGGUCCUCCAUUUGAUUGCGCCGUCAGUUAAUUAAUUAGUGAGUUAAAUAUGUAUUAAUGAGUCGUAAAGAAUAUGUUAUUAAAUCGUCGCAGUAACAGACGUAAAAUUAUUGUGUUACAAACGUAGAAGAGGAAAUUCAGUUCGAUCGGAUUAGCAUUAAUCGGCAUUAAUUAUCUGGCAAGUAGUUCACUUUAAAGGUAGAAAUAAGUAACUUUACAUCUCCUGGGAAUUCAGAGAUUGAAGAAAAAAAAAACUGAUGAAAGAUUCAAAUAAUAGUGGAAACAUUUGGCGUACUUCAAAUGAUGUAUUCUUUUCGGUUGUCGUCUUAUAAAAUUAUUCAUAUUCCCAGUUCUUGUCUCGAGUCGAUUUCAAUUACUGAACAGCAGUAUUACACUAACAACACAAACACAUACACACAUCCGUACAGAAUUCAUGAUAUUAAUCUCGAGUGUCGAGUAUCGAUAAGCGGACUUCAAAUCCGGUGGUAUUAAAUCCAAAAUCAUAAUAAUACUUGUUUAUAGUCGUAUAUAAACAAUUAUGUUCUGAAAUUUCUAGUCUUACUUUCGACAUUCGAUAUGCAGAAAAAGUUCAUUUAUUUGGUAUUAUAUUCUUAAUAUAAAUUUUUAUAGAUAAAUCAGUAAUAUAAGUUUACGAUGUUAUUGCUUGUACGACUAAAAGACACAGUGGGUUAGGUACUUAUUAAAAGGAUAAAAAAAACCACUUUAAAAAAUAGGGAUAAAUUAGCUCAAAUAAAACGUUCAAAUAUGAAACCUCGCGAAGCAAGAAAAGUUACUUUGAUGAAAUAGCAUUUAAAUAUCUUUCGAAAGGUAAAAUUACAAAAUACUGAAUACUUAUUUCGUCUGCGAACAACUGGAAUAAUAUUCGGAAUUUUCGAAGCUGCGAUGUUCAUUCGAAAUGAAUUCCAAGGGAUGUGCAUUGUAUUUUAAAAGUCAUAUUAUAUAUUAGAUGAAUAAGGGAUGAAAUUUAACAAAAUUUGCUAUAAUGAUAAGAGAUUAGUAAAUAAUUGUACUUGAGAAUUAUAGACGGUUAUAAUGCGCUACAAUAAAAAUUGUGAUUAUUUUAACACGUUAUCUGUGGGUCGCGGAAUAUUCCACAUUUUCUAAAGUAUUCUCGGGAUAUUCCAGUUAUUAAUGCAUUGGCGCACACAUGUUAAGUAUCAGAAUUGAAAACUCGGAAUAUUUCAUUACCUGCAAAUAAUGCGUUGAAACUGUUAAGGAGGCUUAAAAAGACAGAUAUAAAAAGCGUUAAAAAAUUUAUAUCAAUACUGAGCAUUCAUCACACAUAGGGCAAUACAGAAAGUACAUAGAGAGCAUACCAAUAUGCAUCAAAUCAAUUUCUUGUUACAAUCAUAUCAUUAUUUUAUUUUUAUUAAAUUUUACAUUUCAAGUUGUAUUGUAAAUUUUAUAUUUUUCAGCUUUCAUACUUGUGUAUAAGCUAUUCAUUUAAUGUGAUAUCAUUGGGUUGUAAUAGUGGGUAUUGUAAUAAUGGCCUUAUUGGUUUACCAGAAACGCACGUAAUUGUGAUUCAACUUAAUGUGACAUGUCUUUUAUUUAAUAUUUGUCGGUGAUGAAUCCAAAGUUAUCAAUUCUUCCAUGUAAAACAAACUUGUAAUGCGAUUUAUGCGCUGUAUUGUAAUUAGAAUUAUAUGUAAGCAUUAUGGACUGAAUAUUCUGUGUAUGAAAACGAUAGGUACAAUCCUGUAUUUUGAUGAAGAGACAUAAUAGCGUGUCUAUUGUAUAAUAGUACAUGUUUUUAUAACAAAACAAAUUUUAAGUUAUCCUUUUCAUGGAUUUGUAAAAAUAAAUAUUUUAGAUUAAGUUUAUCGGUUUUAUUUUAUUUUUAUUUUGUCAUUGUUCAUCACAUAUUUGGCCAUAUAUAUAUAUAUACGAAACGAACACAAUUCAGCCUUAUAAUUUCUCACAGGCAAGGGCUUAAGAGACAUCGAAAUAGAGCGUGAAAUCGCACGAUCGGUUCAAGUAUUACAAGAGUAUCCUCGAUCGGCGUAUCGCAAAUCCGAAAGGAAGCGACACGUUCGCAGUCUAUAGAAAGGUAUAGAUUUUUCCAUUUACUCUCCCCGGUAUUGAGAAACGAAAUAGUCACUGCGGUCUCUUCUUCUCGAGUGAGGACACAAUAUCGUGACCCGAGAUAUUAUUCCAGAUGUUUCGCGUGCGGAAACGAGUGUUCACAGUACGUGUUUUAAAAUAUCGAAUGCUGACGAACUGCAAAAAGGGCUUAAAUGCGCAAGUGUAAUUUAAUUGACGAUUAUUCCAAGCUCUUGUCCUUCCGUCGAGGGAUGAACGCUUAGAAUGCCUCGCAUGCAAAUGGGAUUAAAAUCCCAUCGUGAAGCCCUUCACGAAACAUUACUUACUUCUCAUUCGAACGCGUUUAUCAUUAACGUAAUAACAAAAUAUCUUCAAAACGCGCGACGUCAACUUAAAAAAAAAAAUCUGAUACCUAUUAGAUUUUUCAUCGAGCUACAAUGAUCUUCGUGAGCCACGUUCUCGUCGUGAUUAAAGACGGCGAGGAGAUCGAUCGAAAGAGAAAGAAUAGACAAAAAAGGAGAAAAAGAAAGAUCGGUAUUUAUCACAUACCGUAUUCGCAAGUAUAUAUACGCACACAUCGCACGCGCGCCCAUCGUCGUAAGGUGUAAAACUCGAUAUAAGGACUCCUUAGCUCUUAAAGGACGUUAUUAAGGAUUAAAACAAAAAUAUGAAAGAAGAGGAAUUAACAUACCCACAUGCAUACACAUAUACAUACAUAUACAUCUGCAAUGUGAUAUUCUCGUGUCUUGUCCGAUAAGACAGACGUUCAUUCUAACGAGUAUAGUUGGCGUUUGUCCUUCUUUUCGCGUUUAGUCCUUAAGGUAUAUCUAUAAUAUAUAUUUAAGGGGAACUCUACAUAUAUACGUAAGAGAUAAUCCGGGAGUGUGUGUACGUGUUCGGAGAUUUCGCGGAUAAAGCAAGAGGAAAAAAAGAAAAAUGUAAAAAAAGAAAAAAAAAGAAACCCGCGUGACAGAGAAAACGACCAAAAAUGUGCGAAACUGAGAGGGUGUACAACGUAACUUCGCGUUUUAGGGUAGACAAACUAUCGGGGGAACUAUUGUCACGAGAUCCAAGGGGGUGCGUCUUCUAGGGAUUCCGUCUCCGUUCGUUCUUCCCCUCCCCUCCUCCCGUUUCCACUUCUUUUCAUUCUUCGGGCAAAAGUACUACGCUCCCGCGUGGAUGGUUGUAAAAGUGCUCUCGCGAGCUUCUGUUCCACUCAAUCUCAAUCUUCGUAGGGGGUGUAGUGAAAUUAGUUGUAACGCACUUUAAGUUUAAAGAGUCUUAUUCUACUUACAUAUCUCCGUGACUCCGUAAUUUCACGCACGUCCGUGUACUGCUGUAGUGUUCACGUUUUUAGUAUACCGCCGCAAGUGAAGUAAUAUUUUCCUGUAUCGAGAUAUCUACGAUCGUACGUUGCGACACGCUGUGCAACGCGACAGUAGCCGCGUCGCUCUGCCUUUGAUCGCGACGCGCGAUCGUACGGAAGAUAAAGUGUGGCUGUUGAGGCAAGACCGCAAGUCAGAGAGUUACUUGCGAUUUUUCAUUCAUCUUCUCUUCUCGAAAUUAUUCCACUCGACAAACGCGCUGAAACAGUCGAUCAAAUACAUCACCGUUAUCCUUUUCUUUUGCAUUAAUCCUAUAUAGGGUACGCGAUUUAACGCGAAAUAGUGUCUUAUUCAUCCGCCGGAUAAGUAUGUUAAUUUUAGAUUUUCUCUCUUAACUGGAGCAACGUGCUUCUCUGGCAUCGCUGCUUAUUUCGUUUUUACGCUAUCCAAUAUGUACGACUUCAUUUACGUUUCUACAUAGAGUUAGCUGCAUCCUGCUGUGUUUCGAUGUACCUGAAACCGGUGGUAAGGGUUUUUGUAUAACAUCUCGUAAUUUUUGCGUGUAAAACGCAAACGUAUGUUUCCAGCGUCCAUUCAGCAGGGAUUUGUGACGCGCUCCAUUCGCGGAUCCGUGUAUCGAUGCGAGAAAUCCCUUAUGAUAUCGCGCUAUGAAACGGAAUGUCAGUCAUGUAGAUGAUCGUCGGGGACGAUUUUUCCGUAGAUCGAAACAGUACUCUUUGCCCGUCCCCUUAACUCUCCUGCCUUUACCUCGUUUCGUUCAUAUUAACCGGGGGUGGUGUCUUCAGCCUAAUUCCCCCCCCAAAAAAAAUAACUUAGACGGCUGUCAUCACCGCAGUUGAAGAAUAGUCUGCAAAAUUCUAAGUGUGUCACAUGCCAUCUUAGUCCGUAAGCGUUCAUACUUAUUUUUCUAUAUCGUAUAAAAGUAUAAUUGUUCUAACGUGUAGUUCGUAGUGCUUUGUUAGCCGUCAUAGUUUUUCGCCAUCGUGUCUGCCGAGUCUGCCUUGAUUCUUUAAAUACAUGUCUCCAUUUCUCCGCAUUUAGAUCGCCUAAUUUGUCCGGAUGAUUUUAGCGAGAAACCGUUGCUCGUGUCGGUGUCUUCUCGCGAGAAGGAUGAUGUUUGUCGCAUGCUAAUUAAUUUCUCUCUUGUUCUACAAAAAAUUGAAAUUAUAACACGUUGAAAGGGGCGCAGAGCGUGGCUCCCAUCGAUCUUUCUUUCUAAGUGAUCUUUCGCGCUUUAUCGAAGAAUAUUGAACGAUACUCGUUCCGACACUCUGUCGAACGAGAGAACCGUAAGGACCGUAAAGAGACCCAAAAUUCAAACGAUACGUAUUAAAGUGCGACGUGAUAUUAAAUUAACUAUCAUCUGAAGAUUAAAUUAAAUUAUUGACUAAGGUUAUGAUAGGUCUGUAAUAAUUAAUAUAAAUUUUAACAGUAAUUGGAAGACAUCGGUGUAUUCAUUUGAGGGCAUUCAAAGGAAUUUUUAUAGGAAUACUCUUCUAACAAGGUGUUACUUUUACCUCGCGAUUUUAAAUUAUUUCCAAGAUUUCUCCUUGGAUGCGUGUAAUCGACUGAGAUUACGACCAAGAUACUUGUUUCGAUAUUAAGCUAUAAGAAAAGACGAAAUUUUAUUUUUUCACGGAUCUCGGCGUCUUUAAAUUAUUUUUAAGGCUUCCGUUCGCACAGAUGCGAGCUCUUCGAGUAAAAUCGAAUUGAAAUUAAUAAGAUAAUAAGAUACUUGUUUCGAUAUUAAGCUCAUAAAUUCGCUGUGUGAUCUUGUUCCGGUUUUUUAUUGACGGUUUGCGCUCAAACGUUUAUUUUUAUAAAUGACUUAGGAAAUGCCUGAUACACACCUUGCUUUUACAAAUUUAUAUAAGGAAAUUGUACGUUUAAUAAUCGUACGGUGAAAACCAUCCAUAUCCUCUCUAUCGACCUAAGAAACAAUAUCUAUCUAAAAGUUUUAAAGUUCUUAAGAAUACAAUUUUUUUUUUUCUAUAGCGUUCUAUUAUCUUACGUUUAAUUGUACAUUCUUUAAUUGUCGCGAGUCUGAAUAAAUUCUAAUUUAUUUUUAUUUCAAGCUCAGUAUAUAUAGCGAGACUUUGUUUUCUCAAUGCAAUAAAAUAUUAAUGAUCGUAAGACGAUUAUGCGUUUUCCGCCGCGCGCAAUGCAUUUUACUUUACCAUUAUUUACAUAAACUCUUGAUUUAAUCUCACAACUUCGCGGACGGAAUGGACAAUGUUCCAUGUGACAUGAAAUAAAAUAUGAAUCACUACAAGAUUAUAAACGCUUGCAAAUGCGAUAACGUGUUAAAACGAGAAUUUCCUGUAAUAUGUAUGUAAUACGAGUAUGUUUCCGCUUUUACUUAUUUACUUAUUUAUUCGAUUACAUUGUAGGGAUGAAGUCAACUAUAUUUUGUAAUAUCGGUAACAGUACUAAUCGCAUCGAUUCUAGUUAUUUGUCGCUUAGUAGUAAUUAUUUCGCUGUCCUCGAUAAUUAUACUUUGUGUUCCGUAAUAACAAUCUCGAUGCAAUCUAUAAGUGCCCGUAUAAGCGUUAUCAAGGCGGUCUCAUUGUAUGUAUCUACUGAAAGCUUCUUAAAUCUAUAAGAUAAUCGGGAGCUCGUUGAAAAUGUCUAUUGAUUAUCAGUAAUAAAAGUAUAAUAAUAAUAAUAUAAAAUAAUAAUACCCUAACACUAAUACUAAUAUUAAUAAUAAUAAUAAUGUUAGCAAUAAUGGCUGUCUAAUUUAGCACUUUGUGUAACCUAAUGGCUGUCUAUGUAAUUUAACAUAAAACUUCUAAAGGUAAUUACUUUCCGAAAACUGACACAAUCCGCUUCGGAGGCAAUAUCGCGCGCGACUGAUCGAAUUUAUUAACGCGAACACGCCCGAUCGACGCCAAUUAAUUAAACCGAAGUCUUGCCAAUCUGCGCGUUCUGGAUCUCGAGGAAAGGAGGAGGAAUUACGAUCUAAUACCGUUACCGACAAUAAUGGCCCGGAAGUGAUAUUCGCGUGCUGCAAUUUACAUACGAGAUAGAUCUCGGAUAAGCGACUAAUGCGAUGCUUCGUAAUAUCGCGCGAUAAUUUCGUCGCUCAUAAUUAGGGGGAAAAAAAUGGAAUUAUCAUUGACGACGAAAUUAUUGUGCAAUAAUGUCGAUUGACGUUUGGAACGUUCGUAACAGCCUUAUGCGUAAACGGCUCGAUAUUAAUGAUUUUCCUUCCGUUCUUUUCUUCGUAUACCGCUUUGUAAAAUAUGUGACUAUUAUUGUCACUAUUGUCUAUCAACUGCAACGUGUGUGCCCUUCCUUUUGGGUUGUCGGUGAUACCUUAAGUUUACGUGUAAGGAACGUUUUCGUCGUACAUCAGGAUCGCGUAUUUCAGGUUUAAUUCUUUAUAUGGCUUAAAGGUAAUACCUACGAUAUUGUGAUAUCUGUCUUUUCCAAUAUUUAUCUUUAAAAAAAAAAAAAUUGUGCCACUACAAAGGAAUGCAUUUUCAAACCGCGAAGGAGACACAGGAGAUUAGAAAUAAUAUGUCUGCGCGUGUACACAUUUCUACGAAAAAAUUUUGAGCGCGUACAGGAUUGAAUAUAUUUGUACGAGGUACUCGCGCGUUGCUUUCCCCGUAAAUUCUCGUCUUCGCGAUAUCUCGCAAUCUCAUAGGCUAUCAUUAAAGCCACUUAUCGCGAAAUUGAAACUGCUACUGGUAUCGUCACCCUAUUAUUAUUAACACCGCGACGCGCUGUUAAUAAUAAUAAUAAUAAUAAUAGUAACUAUCGCUGAUAUUAUCGCUGAUAUACUCUCUCGCUGCUGUGUUACUACUGUGUCACCGUUAUUUAACUAUUUAUUGCUAUCGUUACUAUUACUAUUACUAUCGCUACUAUUACUAUUAUUAUCGUUAUGAUUAUUAUUGCUAAACUGCUGCUGCUCCUGUGUAUCACCUGUGUAUCAUUUACUAAUUAACGCCGCUAUACUUACGUCGCCGCAAUGCGCGCGCAUUUUCGUCUCCAAUGUGCAAACACUAUAUUUUCACGUUUCUACCACUUGGAAUGGCGCUAUUCGAGCUCUCGUAAUUGUUAAGUACAAAAGUCAGUCUAGUUUAGGAUAAACAAACUAACGAGAGUUUCUUCAUUAUUCUCACGGGUCGGAACAACGCUUUGUCUACCUCCGGAGCGCUGUAAUAAAGCCACAAUUUCGCUUAUUUUCUUACGGGACGGGAUCAGCUUUUUCGAAGUAGCGUUUUAUGCUUCACGCGUCGAGUUGCGCUCGACAGUUAUUAUAUAUUCUUAUUUGUCUAUAUCCAAUUUUAUACCCGAUUAUCAAGAUCAGUCUUAAGUUCAUCGAUAGAACACACAAAUCCCGUGUGAGACAUAGGCAGGACGCUGUAUUAAUUCUACAGACGGCAAACAAAUUAUUUUAAGCUAAUGCUAGACCACGGAAGUUCGGUAGUAGGCACACCCAACGAUCAAUCCUCCGCGAUUCGAGUAUCGACGUGAACGCUACUUUUGUAACGCAAAACCAUUAAAGCGAUAGUAGACGUUGCUGCAGGUAUAAACCGGGACGUAAAUUCAACAAUAUUUACGAGCUCAUCAUCCGUAAUGUGAGAACGUGGGAGCUCAUCAUCCUCCCGUAGAAAAUUGCCUGGAUUGCCAGACGGUCAAUUUCGGUUUCGCGACCGAGAAUGUUCGCAGCAUCGCGCAACGCAAUGACGCGGCUGCGUCUUGAAGGACUUUACUUGGACUUUCGCUCCUUCUUCUGGAUCACUCCACAUUAUCUUCCCUCGUGCAUUAGCAUCGUUUACCUUGGAAAGUUUGUAGUACAAUAUCUGUCGAAUGCCAUUUGGCUAAGAGGCAUUUGUGUUUUCCGAGCGCGUUUGGCACUCCAGUUCAGCGAAUAAAUUCGCCUAGCUGGGAGAAGGGAAGGGAUAGGAAACGACGAGGACGAGAAAUCGAUGGGAUACGUUUGAGACCGGAGACUGGUCACGUUCAUGCCGAUUCUGUUACGCGAUUGCAAACGCGGAUGCACACCUAGUCAUCGACUUUCGCGAGCGCCGUUCGCAGCUUUUUGCAGGGCUUUCAUCUAACGAUAGCCCCUUUCUCUCUCUCUCGUCGCUGGUCUGUACAAAUUUCGCCCAGCGAUUCUCUCUGUGUUCUCGCGACCUCGAGACGAGAGCUUCGAAAGGGAUAUCGAGUGUGUAUCGCGAAGGAAAGGAGCGCACUUGUAUCGCCAGUCGCGAUAUAACGCCCCAUGUAGUUGUCUCUGUGUGAAAGAACAAGGAGAGUCUCUUCUUUCCGGUUGUUUCGUUGUUCCUCGCCGUUAAUUAACUUUUAACCGAUGCAGCGAAAAAAUUUAUCCAUAUGUUGUUGUUGUAAAUAGUAUUGGAUAUAAAAUUUCGUUAGAUCCGCAUGCGAAAGAAGUUGCGGGUGAAAAAAUAUAUUUCAGCAACAACAUGAUGAAUUUUUUUAACAGAUUACAAAUGAGAAUUUAUAAGUUAAUGUUGGUUAAGGAUCAAUCGAAUGUGACGAUAAGUUGAAUCCGUGACAGAGUCCUGAUUCCUAGUGAUUACAUCUUGGGUCUGUAGUCCCACACUUCCUUGUGAUUCGCACGAUAAGUGACGGAAUCGAUUAAGCAGCGUUAUCUAUAACGACUACAAUAAAUGUGCAAUAUAUACACGUAACAUGCAUGGAUUUAUAGUGGUAUUUCUGUACUCUGUACCUCUAGGAUUUAUCUACGACUAGAUUUUAGUUUUGCUACGGUUAAUUCGUGCGUUUUGGCAGUAUUUUUCAAACGAAAUCUGUGCCGAAGAGAGCAAAAUGAAUGCCCGAGUUUUCGGAGGGUUACUUUGAAAAUUUGGAAACUCAGUGAGAUGCGGCCAACAAAUCUUCUGUUCUCAAAAUCAAAUUUGACAGAAGUGUAAAAGAAUCCGAUUAUCGAGUGGGUGGGUUCACGCGCGAUUAAAAUUCUUUUUUUCUCUCGAAAAGGUUUACGGCGUAUGAUUAUGGACGUACCACUGUACUUAUUCAUCGCGAUAUACCUGUCCAAUGCCAGCCGACAGUCGCGGGACUGUAAAACGUAUCGCGUUCUUUCGACCUGUGACCUGAAAGGGAUCUGUCGACUUCUUAACUCGCUCGAUAUUAAUCAUUACGCUUCGAAGGAUUAAAGCCGAGUCCUCUUUCCGAAGGACGAAGGAAAAUCGAAAAGCGAAUGCGCUAACGACCGAAUUAAAUGGCCGACGACUUCGUAAGAUCGAUCGCGAGCGCACUUACGAGGGAUCAAUAAAGUAACUUUGUCGAUAUCAAUUCGCACAUAUUUUUCGAUCGUAUUCUAAUCUCUAGACGGAAGUUCGAAAACGAAAUAUCGCUCUACCUAGUCGGUUCUUCUUCUAAAGAAAAUGAGAGAAAAAAAAAAGAGAAAAAAAAGACAUUCUUCUAAAAAGACGCGAUGUAACUUUUCGUGUACUUUGAACACUGCGUGAGAGAAAAAAAAAACGUGAGAAACUGGAAAGUGCUUUGUGAUAACUUAUUACAGUCGAUCACUCUACUUACUGAUUAAGUUCCCGUAAAUCUCAAUCGUCUUACGAACGUCGAUCGACGAUCGACUCAGUCUUGACGUGUUAAAUGUAGGGAUUAUAGUGAACUUAAAGUGUUCUCGUUCGUUUGGAGCGUCGAUAUUUCGAGAAUGACUACGAAUUAAGAGUUUGACCUGAGAGGCACGUAUCGAGUGAUUCUCCGAUGUCUGAGGGGAAGGGGGGGAAACGAUAUCGCCAGAAACAUUUCUUUCCUUGUGCGAAAUGAACAUCUUACGCACGUCAGACAAAACCGUACAACACGAUUGUUACAAUGGUAUUAUGAUGGUAUUAUACAAAAUGAUAUAACAAUGGUAUUUGGUAAGACUAGAAGCUCUCUCGAAUCUUUUUUGCGAAUCUUUUUACAUCCCUUCGAUAGUCGUUACCACCUAUCGUGGAUCGUCGUCUAUCGAUAGGAUGAUCAGAUGAUUAUAAAUCGAGAAAUGUUUUUUAAAAAAGUCUACAUACUAGUCAAUUUUUUGAAUUAAAGGUUUCAGUCAAACAUAAAUUACCAAUAGUCAAGAAUGUUUUCGUAUUUUUUUUUUUUUAAUUUUACAUACAAAAUUUUAAUACAUGUAUUAAAUAUUGCUCGAACAAAGACUAUGAGAAAGACAAAAUAGUAAAUUUAUAAUAAUGUAAAUACUAAUCGAUAAUAAUUAAACAAAUUGCAGCCUUUUUAAAACAGCGUUAAAUAGCAAAUAUUUUACCAGGAUAGAACUGACUUAUUCGGUUCGGGAUAAAAAGUAAACAGCGACAGCUCAUCGUCGAGCACGCGAUGCAGGCGAUGCAGCGCGUUUGCAGCAUGCACCGUUGUUGCAUCGGGGCAUGUGGGUCGUACUGCAGAACGUUCCGAUGCCGUUUACCGGUCGGAAUUUUACGCGGGUCUUUAAAAUACGAGCGUUCUAUCCUUACAUAGAUUCCGAGCGUCUGUACAUGACAUCGUGAACGAAAGAGUCAUUACGGCGAAAAAUUAGUUCUCCCGCUCGAAGGUAUUUCGAGCUGCUUUUGACUCGAAUUCACGGAGAUGCGCGCCUCGCACGUUUCCCCGUGAACGACGGUGAAAGCUCUCUCGCUCUCGACGAACACGUCGCUCUGAAUUUCCCCGGUCGACUGAGCCCCCUCGAGUGUACAGGGUCAACAAAGGUUAACCGUAGACUAGUCGCGGAAAAUAACGCGACCGAGUCAAACGCGCCACAAAAGCAGCACGUACAAACAGAGCUGCGAUUGCAAUUUGAGGAAGGCAAAGGUCAAAUUUCGCUCGGGACAUAAGCGUGACGGAGAUGAGACUCGCAGUUUUUUUUUUCUCGCAUCACGUCUUAGUAAAGAAAUUUUCUUGCAAGCGGUGCAAAUCCGAAAUGGUCAAAUGAAGAGCGCGAAUUAAUUUAAUUCCGUACUCCAACAAUCGUUAAUCGCAUCGCGAAGGCUUUACGGUGAACGAUAAUGGACGGAGAGCACUCGACUGCGAGGGCACGUAGCACGUAGGAAAGUACGAGAAAAAAAAGAAAAACCCAAAAAAAAAAGAAUAUAACGAAGAACAAGAAGGGAUUUGCGGAGCUUGAGAACGAACGAGCGGACGCAUUCAAGCCGUGACUUUUUUUAAGGCGUAAAAGCUAUUUAAGUAACGAUAAGGCUAACACUUAGGCGCUAAGUUACUAAUCUCGUAAUGGUAAACUAAAGUGGCGAAUAUUUUUAAUAAUAACUGUAACUCUUCUAAACGAGAGACACCUAACGAACAUAAUCAAACGUCCUUUAUGUGUAAGUUAUGAAUACUUUGCCUUAAUAUUUUUAUCCGUGUGAGAAGAAUAGAGAGCGAGUGGAAGAGAGAGAGAGAGAGACAGAGAGAAAGGAAGAGUGAAAGAAAGCGAGAGAGUAAGAGAGAGAGAGAGAGAGAGAGAGAGUGAGAAAGUAAGAGAGAGAGAAAGAGAGAAAAGUCGAGAUGUUGCGAAAAGAAAGUCCACUUGCAUUUGCUGACCACAUGAUUGCAUUCACAAAGAAACAAAUUCCUAAGAAAUAACGGGAAUUAAUUGUGGCCCUCCCCCCCCCCUCUGUGUUUUCGAAUUUCCCUUUUUCAUAUUCUUUCCCGUUUUAUAAAACUGGAGAAAAGACAAGCGCACACACGUAGAAACACAUAUACGUGCAUACAUAUUACACGUAAUGCAAUCGUGAGAUUUCGCGCAGCAAACUCGUCCCUCGCGCGAUCUUUCAAAUAGGAUAUUAGAUCGACGAAGUGGCCUUAAGACCCCGUACAUGAUGAUAUCCCCCUCCCGCCGUGUGACUCUUCUUCUUGGUGGUGAAAUUCCAUUUAGUGUUCUCCAUCGUCGAGCGUAUCGGUUAAGAAGUACCUCGAUGAUGCCGAUCUCGUUGUUUUAUUUUUGUCCUGUUUCUAGAUAGUGCCUCCUCUGCUUUCUUUAUUGUCUCGCGCCUGAAGAGUGCGCGGUGGCGCGCAUCGCGCAUCUUUUCGAUACUGAUCGCGUUUCGAAUGCUUUCUUCACCCCGUCUCGUGGGAUGAGGUCGCGAGGAUAAAAAUUUCGCGUAAAUCGGGAAGACGAUUCUCUUUUUACGUAACAGGUACCGAACAGCUUGGCAAUUGUGAUAUCGCUUUAUACGAUUAAGUAACAUGUUUUCAACCCUUUGCACUCGAGAAGUCAGUCGGGCGUCGAAGCUCUCAUGGCUUGUACAACGGUCGCGAAAGAUAAUGCAAUAUGUGAUCGAGCGAUCCCGCGCCAAAAUGAAAAAAAAAAAAAAGAAAAAAUACAAAAUGCGGACAAGGAUUAUCAAAUGCUCAAAGGAUAUACGCUUUUUUCGACUAAUUCCGACACUCUCUGCAAACGAAUAUCCUCUCGCGGCGCAGAGCGGGAUGUACGACGGAAUAUAAUGAACGCUAGCCGCUACGGGUAGUAACGAAUCGAUUGUCGAGGGAGCUCUUGGGUACUAGGCUCGGCUAUAUAUCAUCCUCUCAUGACUGAAAUUUUACUUUCCCGAGUAAAACCGCGUAAGUUCAGGUUCGCCGCGUGCGCCGAAUAGGCUCGCAAAUAUAAUCGCGAAACGACAUUACACGUAGUUCAAAGGGGUAUCGCGUCGACACGCGUCGACGACUAAAGCUUUCUCACUUAGGGAAUAGGGGAACUAAGUACUGUCGUAGGUGAUCAAGACCUUCGUUUCUCUCGUAUUACGUUUUUCUCGCUGUCGUGUAAUCGAUGUAGGGUAUUAAACGAUUAACGUUAAUUGCGCACGCGUUCGCGGCGCGUUGUCUCCGGAUCAGCGCCUUUCGCCGCGACGACGCGAGAACAAGUCUCUAUUAAAAAAAUAACAAAAAAAAAAAAA